CCCCUGACUUCUCAGGAUUGUCUGUGCUUCUAGACUCCUUUUGUUAGUUCUACGUCUAAUAUGGACAGAGCAGGUUAGGGUAGAAGAGCUAUUUGGGCAGGUUAAACCAAGAGGUUGGAAAUGGCUUGGGUGAAAUGAAGUUAGGUGGACAGAUGACUGGCGUACAAGCUUGGAGUGCUAGGGUAGAUCUGGAUGGGUAGAAGGGUUUGGUGUGGCAUAGGAAGGGCUUGGGCAUUGUGAAAAUAGGUAAGGAAGGUCCUGGCAGAAGUCUAGAGAUCAGUUGUGACAUAGAUAGUAGAGGACAGACUAGACCAGAGCACUGGAUGUGGAGUCUGGGUUACAUCGAGCUGCUUGGGGAGAAGGGUUGAUUAUCAUACUUCAUGUGGGUGUCUUGGGACCACCUGAGGAUGCUGUCCUGGCUUCUUGUCUUCCAUACCUUGGUUCUUCCAGCAUUGGGUGUUUCCUCCUUGGAAAAACCACAAACUAAUCAAGUGUCAAAAGGGCUGCAGCAACUGCUUGGCAACAUCUCCCAGUUCUUUGAGAAAGACAUACUGGGCCGUGAUGAUGCCUUCAUCAUGGUUUCUCGUAAGGGAUGGGGGGCAGAAGCAACUGGCUGCAGCUCCAAGCUUGGCAGGCCAGUGGAUGUCCUUGUUAUACACCAUGUCCCUGGAUUAGAAUGCCACAACCAGACUGUCUGUAGCCAGAAGCUUCGGGAAUUGCAAGCUUAUCACAUCCGCAACCACUGGUGUGAUGUGGCUUACAAUUUCCUGGUUGGGGAUGAUGGCAAAGUAUAUGAAGGUGUUGGUUGGAAUGUCCAAGGCUCUCACGACCAGGGCUACAACAACAUCUCCUUAGGUGUUGCUUUCUUUGGCACCCAGGAAGGCCAUAGUCCCAGCCCUGUUGCUCUGUUGGCCAUGGAGGCCCUGAUUUCCCAUGCUGUGAAGAAAGGCCACUUAUCAUCCAAGUAUAUCCAGCCACUUCUUGUGAAAAGUGAAGACUGCUUGGUCCCUCCACAGAAGGGGAAACAGAAGAAAGCAGCUUGUCCCCACAUAGUUCCACGGUCUGCCUGGGGGGCAAGAGAGUCCCACUGCUUCAAGAUGACUCUGCCUGCAAAGUAUGCCAUCAUCCUUCACACUGCUGGAAGAACAUGCAGUCAGCCUGAUGAGUGCCGCCUGCUGAUCCAAGAUCUCCAGUCCUUCUUCAUGGACAGGCUAAACGCAUGUGACAUUGGGUAUAACUUCCUUGUGGGCCAGGAUGGUGGUGUUUAUGAAGGCGUGGGCUGGAAUAACCAAGGCUCUAAAACUGAUGGGUACAAUGACAUUGCUUUGAGUAUCGCCUUCAUGGGUAUCUUCACAGCAGCUUGUCCCCACAUAGUUCCACGGUCUGCCUGGGGGGCAAGAGAGUCCCACUGCUUCAAGAUGACUCUGCCUGCAAAGUAUGCCAUCAUCCUUCACACUGCUGGAAGAACAUGCAGUCAGCCUGAUGAGUGCCGCCUGCUGAUCCAAGAUCUCCAGUCCUUCUUCAUGGACAGGCUAAACGCAUGUGACAUUGGGUAUAACUUCCUUGUGGGCCAGGAUGGUGGUGUUUAUGAAGGCGUGGGCUGGAAUAACCAAGGCUCUAAAACUGAUGGGUACAAUGACAUUGCUUUGAGUAUCGCCUUCAUGGGUAUCUUCACAGGAUGACCUGGAUGCAGGCCAGAGCCUCCCAGAUACUCUUUCUCCAAGGGGUCCUGCAAACCACAGAUCCUCCACGAUGGCUAUUGAGGACAUGUUCGUGUAUUUCAAUUUCUCCUCUGAUCUCUUGAAGGAGGUGAGUAACGCAAAGAAUAUACUGAGCUUCUGCAUAUUCAUAGAGCUGUCUAGGCUCCCUUAGUGCAUAUGAAGUGAUGCUGUUCUUGGAGCAGCAAGAGGCAAGACUCCCAUUGUUUCCCACCUUUCAGUGACUAGAGCUAGUCUUCUUUCCUCUCCUCUACACAGUCUCCAUUUCUCUACAUCCUUCCCUGAUCUACACAAGAAGUAAUUAUAGGACUAAAUGAUUUUAUGCUAUUUAACAAUCAUUCCUGGCCCAGACCUGAAGGGACCCGGUCAACAGCUCCCUGCACCCAAAUCCCAUGGGAGGGAGAGCUAAAUAUUCAGAGGGGCAGACAUGCCUGGGAAGCCAGAAGAGACUACACUCUGCCCACAUUUCUGACUCCAGAGGAAAACACCUAACACCUAACACCAUCUGGGACCCUGGUGCACGGGGGCCCCAGGAAAAGGCAGCACAGGCCCUCCUGGUUGCUGCCCUCAUGGAGAGCUCAAAAGCAGUCCCCCAGGAGCAACUUCAGCUGCAGGACCACAGGUAAGAACAACUUUUCUGCUCCAAGCGACCUGCCUGGUGGACUCAGGACACACACCCACAGAAACAGCUGAAGACCAGUAGACAGGAAAGACUACACGCCUGAAAGCAGAACACACUGUUCUCAUAACUGGCUGAAAGAAAACAGGAAAACAGGUCUACAGCACUUGUGACACACAGGCCUAUAGGAAGGUCUAGCCACUGUCAGAAAUAGCAGAACAAAAUAACACCAGAGACAACCUGAUGGUGAGAGGCAAGCGCAGGAACCCAAGCAACAGAAACCAAGACUACAUGGCAUCAUUGGAGCCCAAGUCUCCCACUAAGGCAAACACUGAAUAUGCACAUACACCAGAAAAGCAAGAUCUAGAUUUAAAAUCACAUUUGAUCAUGAUGAUGGAGGACUUCAAGAAAGACAUGAAGAACUCACUUAGAGAAAUGCAAGAAAACAUAAGUAAACAAGUAGAAGCCUAUAGAGAAGAACCACAAAAAUCCCUGAAAGACUUCCAGGAAAACACAAACAAACAGGUGAAGGAAUUAAAAAUGGAAAUAGAAGCAAUAAAGAAAAUACAAAGGGAAACAACCCUGGAUAUAGAAAACCAAAGGAAGAGACAAGGAACCGUAGAUACAAGCAUCACCAACAGAAUACAAGAGAUAGAAGAGAGAAUCUCAGGAGCAGAAGAUUCCAUAGAAAUCAUCGACACAACUGUCAAAGAUAAUGUAAAACGGAAAAAGCUACUGGUCCAAAACAUACAGGAAAUCUAGGACUCAAAGAGAAGAUCAAACCUAAGGAUAAUAGGUAUAGAAGAGAGUGAAGACUCCCAGCUCAAAGGACCAGUAAGUAUCUUCAACAAAAUCAUAGAAGAAAACUUCCCUAACCCAAAGAAAGAAAUGCCCAUAAACAUACAAGAAGCCUACAAAACUCCAAAUAGAUUGGACCAGAAAAGAAAAUCCUCCCAUCACAUAAUAGUCAAAACACCAAAUGCACAAAACAAAGAAAGAAUAUUAAAAGGAGUAAGGGGAAAAGGUCAAGUAACAUAUGAAGGGAGACCAAUCAGAAUCACACCAGACUUCUCAUCAGAGACUAUGAAAGCCAGAAGAUCCUGGACAGAUGUCAUACAGACCCUAAGAGAACACAAAUGCCAGCCAAGGAUACUGUAUCCAGCAAAGCUCUGAAUUAACAUAGAUGGAAAAACCAAGAUAUUCCAUGACAAACCCAAAUUUACACAAUAUCUUUCUACAAAUCCAUCUCUACAAAGGAUAAUAAAUGGUAAAGCCCAACAUAAGGAGGCAAGAUACACCCUAGAAAAAGCAAGAAACUAAACGUCUUGGCAACAAAACAAAGAGAAGAAAAGCACACAAACAUAAUCUCACAUCCAAAUACAAAUAUAACAGGAAGCAACAAUCACUAUUCCUUAAUACCUCUCAACAUCAAUGGACUCAACUCCCCAAUAAAAAGACAUAAAUUAACAAACUGGAUACGCAAUGAGGACCCUGCAUUCUGCUGCCUACAGGAAACACACCUCAGAGAUAAAGACAGACACUACUUCAGAGUGAAAGUCUAGAAAACAACUUUCCAAGCAAAUGAUCUGAAGAAGCAAGCUGGGGUAGCCAUUCUAAUAUCGAAUAAAAUCGAUUUUCAACCAAAGGUCAUCAAAAAAGAUAAGGAAGGACAGUUCAUAUUCAUCAAAGGAAAAAUCCACCAAGAUGAACUCUCAAUCUUAAAUAUCUAUGCUCCAAAUACAAGAGUACCUACAUACAUAAAAGAAACCUUACUAAAGCUCAAAGCAAACAUUGCACCUCACACAAUAAUAGUAGGAUAUUUCAACACCCAACUCUCAUCAAUGGACAGAUCAUGGAAACAGAAAUUAAACAGAGACAUAGACAGACUAAGAGAAGUCAUGAGCCAAAUGGACUUAUAUUUGAUAUAAGUAUAUAGAUAUUUAUAGAUAAGAUAUUUAUAAGAUAUAGAUAUUUAUAGAACAUUCUAUCCUAAAACAAAAGGAUAUACCUUCUUCUCACCACCUUAUGGUACUUUCUCCAACAUUAACAUAUAAUUGGUCAUAAAACAGGCCUCAACAGAUACAGAAAGAUAGAAAUAAUCCCAUGUGUCCUAUCAGACCACCAUGGGCUAAAGCUGGUCUUCAAUAACAGUAAGGGAAGAACACCCACAUAUACAUGGAAGUUGAACAAUGCUCUACUCAGUGAUAACCUGGUCAAGGAAGAAAUAAAGAAAGAAAUUAAAGGCUUCUUAGAAUUUAAUGAAAAUAAAGGUACAACAUACCCAAACUUAUGGGACACAAUGAAAGCUGUGCUAAGAGGAAAACUCAUAUCUCUGAGUGCCAGCAGAAAGAAACAGGAGAGAACAUAUAUCAGCAGUUUGACAGCACAUCUAAAAGCUCUAGAACAAAAAGAAACAAAUAUAACCAGGAGGAGUAGAAGGCAGGAAAUAAUCAAACUCAGACUGAAAUCAAGCAAGUAGAAACAAAAAGGACUAUACAAAGAAUCAACAGAACCAAAAGUUGGUUCUUUGAGAAAGUCAACAAGAUAGAUAAACCCUUAACCAGACUGGAGAAAAUUUCCUGAACAAAACACCAAUGGCUUAUGCUCUAAGAUCGAGAAUUGACAAAUCCGAUCUCAUAAAACUGCAAAUCUUCUGUAAGGCAAAGGACACUGUCGUUAGGACAAAAUGGCAUCCAACAGAUUGGGAAAACAUCUUUAUCAAUCUUACAACUGGUAGAGGGCUUAUAUCCAAAAUAUAAAAUGAACUUAAGAAGUUAGAGUGCAGGGAGAAAAAUAACCCUAUUAAAAACUGGGGUUUAGAGCUAAACAAAGAAUUCACAGCUGAGGAAUGCCGAAUGGCUGAGAAACACCUAAAGAAAUGUUCAACAUCCUUAGUUGGGAAAUGCAAAUCAAAACAACCCUGAGAUUCCACCUCACACCAGUCGGAAUGGCUAAGAUCAAAAACUCAGGUGACAGCUAAUCCUGGCAAGGAUGUGGAGAAAGAGGAACACUCCUCCAUUGCUGGUGGGACUGCAAACUGGUACAACCAUUCUGGGAAUCAGUCUGGAGGUUCCUCAGAAAAUUGGACAUUGAACUACCUGAGGACCCAGCUAUACCUCUCUUGGGCAUAUACCUAAAAGAUGCCCUAACAUAUAACAAAGACACAUGGUCCACUAUGUUCAUAGAAGCCUUAUUUAUAAUAGCCAGAAGCUGGAAAGAACCCAGAUGCCCUUCAACAGAGGAAUGGAUACAGAAAAUGUGGUACAUCUACACAAUGGAAUACUACUCAGCUAUCAAAAACAAUGAUUUUAUGAAAUUCAUAGGCAAAUGGAUGGAACUGGAAAAUAUCAUCCUGAGUGAGGUAACCCAAUCAGAAAAACACAUGUGGUAUUCACUCAUUGAUAAAUGGCUAUUAGCCCAAAUGCUUGAAUUUCCCUAGAUGCACAGAACACAUGAAACUCAAGAAGGAUGACCAAAAUGCAAAUGCUUCACUCCUUCUUUAAAAGGGGAACAAGAAUAUCCUUGGGAGGGAAUAAGGAGGCAAAGUUUAGAACAGAGGUAGAAGGAACACCCAUUUAGAGCCUACCCCACAUGUGGCCCAUACAUAUACAGCCACCAAACUAGAUAAGAUUGAUGAAGCAAAGAAGUGCAGGCCGACAGGAACCGGAUGUAGAUCUCUCCUGAGAGACACACCCAGAAUACAGCAAAUACAUAGGUGAAUGCCAUCAUUAAACCACUGAACUGAGAACGGAUCCCCCAGUGAAGGAAUCAGAGAAAGGUCUGAAAGAGCUUGAAGGGGCUUGAGACCCCAUAUGAACAGCAAUGCCAUUCUACCAGAGCUUCCAGGGACUAAGCCACUACCCAAAGACUAUACGUGGACUGACCCUGGGCUCCAACCUCAUAGGUAGCAAUGAAUAUCCUAGUAAGAGCACCAGUGGAAGGGGAAGCCAUUGGUCUUGCCAAGACUGUACCCUCGGGGAUGGCACAGGUCUUCCUGGUUGCUGCCACCGCAGAGAGCCCGUGGGCAGCACCCCGCGAGCAAACUUGAGCCUCGGGACCACAGGUAAGACCAACUUGUCUGCUGCAAGAGAGCUGCCUGGUGAGAUCGGGGCACACAGAGGCAGAGUUCAUCUAGGACCGGGCACGUCCUGUGUUUGCCGGAGGUCCCACGCCCGCGGAUCCCGGGCCCGCAGCAGCUCUCUGCUCCCGGACCCUGUGGGAAAGACACCUCACCGCCUGAUCAGGUGGGCACUCCUGAGGCUGCAGAGCGGAAGAGACCACCAACACUGCCCACCCCUGCCCACAUCCCUGGCCCAAGAGGAAACUGUAUAAGGCCUCUGGGCUCCCGUGGGGGAGGGCCCAGGAGCGGCAGGACCCCUGCCUGAGACACCACCGGAACCUGAGGGAAACAGACCGGAUAAACAGUUCUCUGCACCCAAAUCCCGUGGGAGGGAGAGCUGAACCUUCAGAGAGGCAGACAAGCCUGGGAAACCAGAAGAGACUGCUCUCUGUACAUACAUCUCGGACGCCAGAGGAAAACACCAAAGGCCAUCUGGAACCCUGGUGCACUGAAGCUCCCGGAAGGGGCGGCACAGGUCUUCCUGGUUGCUGCCGCCGCAGAGAGCCCUUGGGCAGCACCCCGCGAGCAAACUUGAGCCUCGGGACCACAGGUAAGACCAACUUGUCUGCUGCAAGAAAGCUGCCUGGUGAACUCAAGACACAGGCCCACAGGAACAGCUGAAGACCUGUAGAGAGGAAAAACUACACUCCCGAAAGCAGAACACUCUGUCCCCAUAACUGACUGAAAGAGAGGAAAACAGGUCUGCAGCACUCCUGACACACAGGCUUAUGGGACAGUCUGGCCACUGUCAGAAAUAGCAGAACAAAGUAACACUAGAGAUAAUCUGAUGGCGAGAGGCGGGCGCAGGAACCCAAGCAACAGAAACCAAGACUACAUGCCAUCAUCGGAGCCCAAUUCUCCCACCAAAGCGAACAUGGAAUGUCCAGACACACCAGAAAAGCAAGAUCUGGUUUCAAAAUCAUAUUUGAUCAUGAUGCUGGAGGACUUCAAGAAAGACAUGAACACACUUAGGGAAACACAGGAAAACAUUAAUAAACAAGUAGAAGCCUACAGAGAGGAAUCGCAAAAAUCCCUGAAAGAAUUCCAGGAAAACACAAUCAAACA